AUGUCUGCAAGACUACCAUAUUUUACUUCCCUCGGGAUGUUUAUUAUUGAUGAAAUAAAUUUCCCAGACUAUAAAAUGGAUGGAAUAUUAGGAGGUGGAGGAACGUUCGCAAUUUUAGGUUCUAGAAUUAUUUUAGGUUCUCGGGAUUCGGACCUGUGCUCUUGGUUUGUUGAUAUUGGAAACGACUGUCCUAGAGAAAUACUAAAAGAAUUAAGGAUUUUAAAUACAGGAGGUAUUUUUAGAUUUGACGAUACACGCAAAUGUACUAGAGGAUGGAAUGGAUACAAUCAAAAUCAAUUUAGAGAAUUUAAAUACUUAACCGAAAAGAAGAGAGUGACAAUGGCAGACUUAAAACAGUACCCCGUAAUGCUUCAAAGCAAAUCGUUCCAUUUUGUUUGUUCUCCGCGUCGAUGCAUUAGCCUCAUCGAAGAAUUACACGAAAUAUCUGAAGAUUUGGGCAUAGUCGUAUCAUCACCUGUUAUUGCGUGGGAACCAAUUCCUGAUUGCUGUAGUCCUAGAAAUCUGCAAGAAACAUUGGAUAUUUUGGGCAAUAUCGACAUUUUCACUCCUAAUGCUGCAGAAGCUGCAAUGUUUUAUGGAGAGGAUGAACCUGUGGAUAAACCAAAUUGUGAAAGGAUAGCCUCGAGUUUUCUUAAAUACAUGACUAAGCCCGAUAGCGGGAUUGUACUUAGAUGUGGUCCACUUGGCUGUGUUGUUGUGACCAAAAAUAAUCCAAAACCCAUGUGGUUUCCGGCUUAUCAUAAGGGUGAAGCUAAGAUCAUUGACCCAACUGGUUGUGGAAAUACUUUUGUUGGGGCUUUUGCAACUGAGUUUGUUAAAAGUAGAAAGAACUUCAAGUUGGCAGCAGUGAAGGCAACUAUAGCUGCUGGACUCUGUCUUGAACAACAUGGAUUGCCCAAACUAACCGUUGGUGACAAUGGCGAAGACCUCUGGAAUGGGGAAGCAUUCGAUACUAUGCUGAAGAAAUACUACAUUGAGAAUCCCAAUCUUGCAUAA